UAUAUUAUCAUAUUCUAUUCCAUUCUUUCUUCAUCAUUCCCUCAUCCUCAAAGGACAUGAUAGGGGGUUCCCUGUCCAGGUUCAAAGCACAUCCUGCCUCAUCAGACUCCAGCUGUGAUGCCAAACGCGCAGUUUUUGGUGCUAAACGUGGCGCCCUGGUGACCUUAGUCGGCCGGCAUUUUACAGAGCACCCCUCCUGGUGUUGACACCCCUCGGGGUGCUCUCUGAAGAUGCUGAGGUGCACAAAACGACCCGUCAGGAGACGCAGGGAAGCGCGCCAGUGACGCAAGCGAUGCUGCUGCUGCUGCUGCUGUGAAUGGAAACGAGCAGGGCAUCCUUGUUGUUCCUCUGGCUAACAUUAAGCUACCGUUAGUGAUGACCUACCACGGCUCCUAUUUAAACAUUAAGCAGUUGAUCCGAUGAGCCAGUGACCUGUUGUACGAUGGACAUCGUUUGCAUGUGCUGAGAAUCUCGUUUUAACCAUGGUGCAACCACGUCAGUGAGAAGCCUGCGUCACUGAUGCCAGGUGCAGGCUCUUCCUGAGAGCACUCAGUAUGAGUGGGGCUGGGGAGCAGGCGGACAUCCUGUCAGUGGCAGACGUAGUGAGGGAAAGAUGGAGAGUGGUGAAAAAGAUAGGGGGAGGCGGAUUUGGCGAGAUCUACGAGGUCUUGGAUCAGUUAAGCCAGGUCAAUGUGGCGUUGAAGGUGGAGUCCGCCCAGCAACCCAAACAGGUUCUAAAGAUGGAGGUGGCGGUGCUGAAAAAGCUGCAGGGUAAAGACCACGUGUGCCGCUUUGUGGGAUGUGGCCGAAAUGAUCGCUUCAACUACGUGGUCAUGGAACUCCAGGGGAGGAAUCUGGCCGAUCUGCGCAGAACCAUGACCCAGGGGAUCUUCUCUGUCUCCACCACGCUGAGGCUGGGCAGACAGAUCCUGGCGGCCAUCGAGAGCAUCCACCUGGUGGGCUUCCUGCACCGCGACAUCAAGCCGUCUAACUUUGCAAUGGGGCGGCUGGCCAGCACGUGCCGAUGCUGCUACAUGCUAGACUUUGGCCUGGCUCGGCAGUUCACCAACUCCAACCAAGAAGUCCGCCCCCCUCGUCCUGUGGCAGGGUUCCGCGGUACGGUGCGAUAUGCCUCCGUCAACGCCCAUAAGAACAAGGAAAUGGGUCGUCAUGACGACCUCUGGUCCCUGUUCUACAUGCUGGUGGAGUUCAUGGUGGGCCAGCUGCCCUGGAGAAAGGUCAAAGACAAAGAACAAGUGGGGAACCUCAAAGAGACGUACGACCAUCACCUCAUGCUCAAACACCUCCCCUCAGAGUUCAGUAUCUUCCUGGAGCACGUCUUGACCCUGGACUACUUCACUAAGCCAGACUACCAGCUCCUGAUGUCGGUGUUCGAGAACGCCAUGAAGAGCCACAACGUGCUGGAGAAUGACCCGUACGACUGGGAGAAGUGUGACUCCAACAGCCUGCUGACCAUGGCGUCCACGGCCAACACCGUCCAGCUGACCCGCCUCACGCCCGCCUACAUGGGCAUGGCCAACGCGUCCAUGUUGCCGGGCGAGCAUCAGAAGGAGAACACGGAGGACGUCCUGCAGGGCGAGCGGCUCAGCGACGCCGACAACUGCCCCCCCAUCCCCGCCCACCACCCCCCCCAGGGGGGCGACGUCUGGGAGGAGAUGGACCGCAACCGGAACCACAAGCACUCCCAGCCAGCCAUCCGCAAGGUGGUGAGCGAGGACGAGCACAGUCAGAACCAGGGCAACCAGAGCCCCAACACGGGCUCUGUGCAGAGCUCCCCGCGCCGCGUGCGCUCGGAGACCAUGUUCCUGGACCGGGCCGCGCCGCUGCUGCGGAGGAUGAGGCACAGCCAGAGCCUGGCCUUCGAGAAGAGGCUGGCCCCGGAGCCCAAGCCCACCAUCGAGCGCUUCCUCGAGGCCUACCUGGGUAAAGCGCGGCCGGUCCUGUCCCAGCUCGGGGAGAGGUCAGGCCCUGCCGAGGGGCCGGCCGAUCGCACGGGGCCCUGCGACGAGGAGCACACGGGUGCGGCCACGCCGGACCCGGACGAGGGCGCGGCCAGCGGGGGGUUUGUGGCCGUCAGCCCAAUGCCCCCCCCGCAGUCCGGCUCCCAGGAGUGGGUGAUGCUGGAGAUGGAGUCCGGCAGCGGCUCCGCCUCGGCGGGGGCCAAGCCUGCUUUGGAGCCCCUCCCCCUCGGGGACAAGACCCCUGCCUCGCCAUCGGCGGACCCUGGCGACGGACCGCCCCCCUCGGCCCCCAGCAGCCCCGUCCUGUCGCACAUGAGCAUGCCUGGCUCGUGGCUGAUGGGCCACCGGAGGCUGGCGGGCAUGACUGGCAUGCUGGUGCAAAUCCCCUCCGUCAUGAAUAUGGGCCGGUCGCUGGACCAGUCCUCCAGCUGUGGGCCACAGUCUCCCGCGCAGGACCGAAGCGACGCCAUCCCCCUGGAGGCGCCCUCUAGCAAGCUGGACGAGCCCUCAGAGGAGGUCCUCAAGGACCGAGAGCGGCUGGCCCUGGCCGCCAAGGGCCCCUGCGCCCAGCUGACCAACGAGCGCGACCCUGAGAGCGACUCGGGCCUGCCCGACCGCUCCUCGGAGCCCAACCAGCAGCCCCAGGCGGACGCGGGCGGCUGCGGGGCGCUGGAGAGCACCGCCGUCACGGUGUCGGCAUCCCCGCCGCCGCCGGCGCGGCCCCGGAGGGACUCGUCCUCCACCUCGCCGCGGCAGAGCCGGAUCCCCGUGCGGGACCCCGCCUCCCCGACCCUGGACUCCCCCGGCCGAGCGGGGCCCCCCCCCACGGCGGCGGCCGAGCUGCGGCGCUGCCACCGCUGGAGCAGCCCCGUGCACGGCUCGCCCACGCACUCGCCCUCGCCGUCGCUGUCCUGCGACAACCUGCCCGGCGCCCUGCCGCGGGACCGGCCGCCGUCGGAGCGGGGCUCGCGCUGCGACUGGCAGGGGGAGGACCCCCUGUCGCUGUCGUCGUCCUCAGGCAGCAGGAGCAAGAUCCCGCGGCCCGUGAGCACCUCGGUGCUGCCCGACCCGCUGGCCAAGGGCUUCCUGCCGCGGCCGCCGCCGGGGAAGCCGCCGGCCCGGCCCUCGGUCGACAGCAGGUAUGAGCUGAAUAGACGCAGGCGGUUCCGUGUGCGGGCCAGCAGCACCAGCGACGCCGACUUCCUGGCCAGCCUGACCCAGCUCAUGCAGGACCGCGGCGGGGUGCUCUUCAGCCCGCCGCCGUACCCCCGCAACGCCGCCACCCUGCAGCGCUCCCUCAGCUCCUCCCCUUCUCGCCUGGACCCCCGGGACGGGAGCCCCUUCCUGGCCCGCAGCCGGUCCCCGUCGGGGUUCCCGGGGUCGCCCCCUCCCGCUGCGCAGCCCGCCCACGCGCAGGCUCACCGGGCGGCGGGCCAGUGCUCCAGGCAACGGGCCCUGAGCCACGAGGGUAAGGGCUGCGCCAAGGCAAGCCGGUGACUCCGCGCUCAAAGGGACGCCGCAGUCUCCGUGGCGUGCGGAAACUUUAACUUUUUCGAAAAAGCAUGUGUAAAUAUGGUAUUAACCCAAGGGAAUGUACUGUAUGUAUUGUAAAAUUGUAUGAUAAAAUUUAUUUAUUUAUUUAUUCAUCCAUCCGUUGGACGUGUCUUUCGAAGUAUACUUGACAUUGUGGCUCGAUACUUGCAAGUGAAACUGAAAUGUUUGAGAACCAUGAGAUUGCCAACUUUUACCUCCCCCCCCCCCCUCCUUAAAACUCCAUAUAGGCCUAUUAUGAGGCCAAAAGAUAUGUACUGUAAUACUCGAAGGGAUGUGUAAAAAGAAAAUGCUGAUUUAGAUUUAAUCUUAGGAGAAAAUAAUAGUAUACACUACAAGAAAUGCUUAAAAUAACACUACAAAUAUAAACAUACCAGCACUACCAUUAGUAUAUAGGAGCAGGGCACGUAGUCUCGAGUAAUCAUCAUUCCUUUUCCUCACCGUAUUGCUAGACGAUAUGUGAAAAUGAAUCUCUUUGGUAUUCAGUGACCUUAUAUGAUUUCUCCUUUUGUUUGUUAAGGUUUUGCUCAUGCAAAAGUGUCAAGAUGUUGGAAUGUAAAUGCACUCAUACUCGGGUAUAGUCACAUGCAUGGGUAUCAUUACAAAUAUAUUUGAUAAUGUAUUUUAUUUGUACAGUAAGAGUUUUGUUUUUUAUUUAAUUUUAUAUUUUACCAACUUUGCUCCAAAUACAUCAACAUGUAGCCAGCAAUCAUCCAAUAUUGUUUGUCUUGCAUUGGACGGUUGACCAUUGAAGAAACUACGAUGGAAGUGGUUUGUUUACCAUAUGCCUAUUUACUUUAGAAGUAUUAAACAAUGACUGAAUAAAACAUUGCCUUUAAAAUACCAGUAGGAAAAUCUGUUUUGAUUAAAAAAUAUUUAAUUGGAAAUCUAGUCUAGAUAUUGUGACUUUGAAAAUACCCUAAGAAUCAAACCGGGUAUCUAAGCAUGUUAGAAAUUAUGUUUAUUAAGCUGGUAAACAACUGGUUAUAUCUGCUCUGAGCACUGUUUGUUGCAUCACAAGAGGUCCAAUAUGCAAAUAAAUCACAGUUGUAUGUUUACCUGAAGAGGUAAGAAGAAUAAGCCACCAUUCAUAGAUCCAUUGUUAAAUAGGCUCACAGAUGUGGGGCUGCUAUAUUCGGUCAUCAGUAUUAAGAAAUGCACAUGAAACACUUUUCAAUCAGCAUAAGCUAGAAGGGUAUAAACAAUAUUUUGUAGAGGCCACAAAGUACAAACAGUGGAACGGUAAAUAUGUCAAUCGCCGUCAUAGUUAACCUUUCAGCAAAAAUGUGCAUUCCUUUGAGCAAAAAAUGCAAAGUCUAUGGCUAAAAUUGAGAUUUAUAGAAUGUCUUACAUUUUUUUUACAUUUUUUAUCAAGAUCACCAUACUAUCUUCAGUUUGUUUCAAAUGAAAGGUUAUCAUUAAAAAAUAGAACAAUAUGGCUAUAAUAAGCCAUGGAGUCAGCCAAACUUACGGCACACUGAAAACAUUUAAUUAUUUUUUGACAGUAAGGACAGAAGAACGUGAUGGGUGUGGCAGAGACCGGUAAACCACAUUGGAUGAUGAUUCUUAGUUAUCACUGUCCAAUAUGCAGGCUGACCAGCUGGCUUGUCUCGGAGGGCUAGAAGAGAGGGGCGGACUGCCGGGGGUCGUCUGGAAGCACGCUGAUGGAGUCCUCUGCCUUUCCACAUAGCAUGCACAACAUUGUGUAUUCCUAGACCAUGCAAACAUGGGCAGUUAAAUAAACGUGAAACAGGGCACUGCAGUACAUUUCUCCUCAAAAAGUUUGGCAGUAUAUUUUUUAAGGGUAAUCCCGACGAUUUUUAUGCCUAUAGUAGCCUGUGACAAAAAAUGUCUGAUGUCAUUAGCUAUCGCAGAGUGAGGUUACAGAAGGUCAUUGUCAACCUGCCCUGUUAGGAGGGCAGUAGCAUUUACAUUAUAAGGAAUGUUAAAAACUUUUCGUCAGUGUCAAUACCAUGGGAACAAUCACCACUUAUCAACAAAGUGAAUGGAAUGGAACUAUUUGAGUACUCCAAUCUUUAAUUAAUUGUUUAUGGUUCAUGGAAAUAUAUAUUAAUUAAGGUAUGAUACAGUGUGCUACAGAGAAUAUUUCUUACUUGAUAUUCGU